CUUCUGGGAUUGGCCACAGAGGAAGUAGUUCCUGUUUCAUAUUUAACUAGUGCUCAGCACAGUGAGGAAGAUAUCAUUUCAGCUGACAUGCAAAAUGGCCAUGUGGUUUCCUACAAGUCAGCUGCUUCUCUUUGCACUGAUAAGCUGGAAUGUCCAUUGCUAUCCUAUUAAAAAUGGCUGGAGCCAGCAUGAUUCUAAUGAAGGCAGUUACACUAGCAUGGAGGCAUCUCCUGGAUUUGAUUAUGGUUCAUCCCAAAGUUUUCCUGCUCAGCCUUCCGAUAUGAAUGACCCUGCUGUCUCCUUCCUGUAUGAGCCAGAGAAGGCACAAGUGUAUACUAGACCUGAAUCCUAUCCAGCAAGCCCUACUCCAGGUGUGUCCAGCAUGGCUUCAUGGAACACUGCUCCUGUGGCAGCAUCAACAACUGCCUAUGCCACGUCCAAAACAUCUCAACCCAUGUCUGACAUUGGCCUUCCUCCCCCUCCAUCCUCCUAUCAGGCAGGUGAGCUUGAAAGGUAUACAAGCAUCUUGGGGCAAGGUAGUUCAGAAAUGGAAACUGAAGAGCCAAAUUUUGUGCCCCCAUCGCCACCACCUGGUCCAUAUCCAGGACCGACCUACCUGGCUGGUGAGUUGCAUAACUAUGUAUUCAUCUCUGAGAAUGGAAAUGAAGAGAGGGAAAUGGAAGAACAAGGUUUUCUGCCCCUGCCUCCCUAUGCUGCUUCUCCACUGGGAGCUAAGGAGCUGUCUGCUUUGUCCACGUCUGAAGGCCCCAGGCAGCCAGUUUCCGAGGAACUGGAACCAGUGGGACAAAACUACUUCUACCAUCACUUCUUGACUGGUCAGCUUCCUACUGGCACACUGUCGCGCUUCCAGUCAGACUACGAGAGAGGCGGUGACGACUAUGGUGAAGUCCAAUAUGAGAGAUACUACUAUCCUGUAGCUCAACAGUCAACCGUCCCUACUCGGACCCAGGAGCUUCCCAGUGACGAAGUCUAUCAACAGCCUCAGUACUAUACCAAAGCUUAACAGGACACCAAGUCUUCAACUUGAAGCAGAUGAAGGCAGCUGUACUCCCUGCAGUUUACUAAAAUGUACUGAUGUCUGUGUUCAAGUUGCGUGUUCUGAAAUUUUAAUAAAAAAACACGGUCCCUCCUGUGUGUAAAUGUUUUCACCAUCGCUGUGGCAAACAACCUCUGAGCCAGUUAAUUGCUCUGUAAAAGUUGGCAAAUUACCCUAAUCUGGUGGGGAUGCAGACACCCUGUUGCUGGAUUUUGAUGUUUGACUGGUUUAAAGGAAUAUAAACACCCAGGUUGGGGAGGGAUUUGACAAGUCAUAACAGUCAUUUUCAG